CAAGUUACCCGGGUUGCCUCCUCCCAAUCCACCGGCAUUCAUGACCAAGGAUUCGACAGGAGUAGCCAGAGUCGCGACCGCCUUUUUGACGGAUGGAAUGUCCGAAAGGUCCAUGAGGAGUACUUCAAAUUUGGUCUUGUUGGAGGAAUUGCCUGCCUUGGCCAUGGCCUGCUUCAGGUCUUCUUGGGCCUGCUUUCCCUUGGCUUCACUGCGACAGCCAAUGACGAUACGUUCCACAUUGAGAAGGGCCAACUGACGGGCACAUUCGAGUCCAAGGCCAGAAUUGGCGCCGGUGAUCAAGACAGAUUUGGGAGCAGCGGAAAUCAUUUUGAUAUUGUUGUUAGUUAGUUGUUGAUGUCUGAGUUGUUGGUGUUUUGGUUUGUUGGAGCUUUUGAUUUUGUGAGCAAGAGUUGCAACCCUCCAAAGAACCAGAGCCGCUUCACACGGAGAUCUCGCGAGACCUGGCUGCGAGAUCCAAAAGGAGAACACGAGACCAGGCUGGCGUUUGCUCAAAAGAGCCUCAUAAGAUUUAAAGGCCAGCUGAAGCUGCAACGAAGCAAAACUGCAUGGCUCCGACCUUCGACGGCAACAUUGACACAAAAUCGAGAUUCGAUCGAGACCAUUCAAGUUUUGUUCUGAAAAGGAUCGACCAUGGGCAAGCGACCAGCCGAAAAGGACACUAGUCCCCGCCGCCGAGAAGAUGCCAACCAUGAGGAUGUAGUAGAAGCCAACAAAGAAGUCGCACAUGGAGCUGAUGUGGACCCAGUGACUCGAGAUGUGCUUUCUUUGACCCAAAAGGAACUGGAUGAUCUUCCACCGUCAGAGCAACAUCAAGUAGUAGUCGAUCUCUAUGGCCUUGAUGGUGAUGGUAAUACCGCGGAAGACUCAUCACCUGCGUUUGUGGAUCAAAAGUUGGAGGAAUUGGAAACUGCGUUGAAGCAAAUUCCUGACAAGCGCAAAAUGGCGUACAAUCAGGCUCUGACCAUGAAUGCAGCCUAUGUGACGUCGAGAGACUUUCGACUCAUGUUUCUAAGAGCCGAUCGCUUCCAGCCAUGGCCGGCCGCCCAACGUCUCUUGACUCAUUUGGAGCUUAAACUAGAAUUGUUUGGACCCGACUUGUUGUGUCAGGAAGAAAUUACUCAGGAUGAUUUGGAUCCAACUUCGCUCCAAGUCUUGUACCAGACUUGGUUUGUCGAUUUGCCCGUGCGGGAUCGAGCUGGACGUCAAGUCGUCAUUAUGCUCUCUCGCAACGAUAUUGACUGCCAUGCCAUGCCCGUCCUCAAUCGAAUGCGCGUCUUGUUUUAUACACUCGGAGUGGCGGCACGAGAUUUGGAAACCCAAAUUCAGGGUAGAGUCUACAUUAUUUGGGUGGCUGGGAGUUUGGGCAAGGCAGCGGAUCUAUGGAAGAUUUCCAACCUGCAAGCCGGAGCACACAUUCGUCAUCAAGGCAUUCACAUGUGUAUUGACCAAGAAAGUAGUGGACAUAUUAGUACUCCGCUAGUGAGUGUGGCACAAAUGGCCAUGAAUGCAUUCCUCCGGGUACGAGUCCGCAGGCAUGUCGGCACUCCAUCCGAACUCAAGUUCUCCUUGAUGACCUAUGGGAUCCCCACAGAGUUCAUUCCCAUUUCCAAUGAGGGAGAAUUUGCGCAUCAGUUGCAUAGAGAUCGCUGGAAUAGAAUCCGAAACAAUGAGAGACUGCAGAGACAGCAUCAACAGCUCUUAUUGAAACAGCAUCAGCAGCAGCAGAAGUCUCCAUCCGUCAGAACUGCAACUGCAGAUGAUUUGGCAGGCAAAGUUGAUGAUGAGAAAGAAACGUUGACAGCCACCACCACCAAACCUCCUGCCCACAAAAACAACAGCAAGGAAAACACAAUGGCUCCUCCCGUCAUGACGAUGAAAGUUGUCAAUACACCCUCCAACAGUGAUAUCCUCAUGGGGAAAGGAAGAGGCAUCCAGAACCAUUGUGGCAACAUUCGCUUUCGAAAACUCAUUGACCAACACCGACCACAAUAUGACAAUGCCAACAACAAUAAAGCCAAAAAGACGGAAAUUGCACAAGAAGUGGUCCGGAUUGUGACACAAGACUGGCAAGGACGGUUCUUGAAAGAACACCACAAACUUGGUUGGGUCCCAGUAGAGGAUGACUCUGCGGCGAGGAGAAAAGUCAGUUCUUGCUUUCGAGAUGCCAGGAAACGGGAAUUGUGGCAGUUACCAACAGCAACAGCAGCAGCACACAACAGCAACAACAGCAACAACCACAAUCAGAUGGAUACAGAGGCUGCUGGACAAGACAAUCAAAGUCAUGAUGACCUGGGUGCUGUUACCAAUGAAUGUUCCGAGCAGAGUGGCACAACUGGUACGGCAGCAGCACCUGCAGACAAGGUCGUCGAAGACGAAGAUGAUGAUCUCUUGGAAAGUACAUUGCUGGAUUCCUUGCAAAACGAACAUGAUGAUCUCAGCGGAAUCUUGGAUAGUGCACUAUUGCUGGAUUCCACGCUGGAAGAGUUUGAGGAUCAGUUCAUUCAUUUGCUCAUGCCCGAGGUGGCAUAAUAAAACACACAACUAACUAAGAUGAAGAAACUAUAUAGAUGAUGACGUGACAACGGUGAAUGCUUGCGGAGUGUAGGCAAAGGAGGGAGCUCGAAACUCAUUCUCGCGUUUGUAGAUUUGUGUGUAGCUAUCU